AUGGCGCUCCGCCAGGACGUUCGCUCCGCGCUACCGCCGGUGCGGACGAGCCCGGCCGCGGGGCCCUACCUGGCGUGGCAGCAGCCUCCGGGCAACCCCUCACACAACGCCCUCCCUCGCGCCUGCCCGCAGGGUCGAGGAGCGGCGCCGGAAGCGGAAGUAGCGGUUCAGGAAGCGCUACGGCGGAAGUGCUACGGCGGCCGCGUGGGGUCAGACGGAAGCGGUGCGGAGCGGAGCGGUGCUGGCAUCAUGUCGGGCCGAGAGGGCGGCAAGAAGAAGCCGCUAAAGCAGCCGAAGAAGCAGACGAAGGACCUGGAUGAGCGAGCGGUGGGAUAAAGAAGUCUGGCAAAAAGUAGUUCCGAGCUGCAGGAUAAGACGCCUUCAACUUACGCAAUGGAUCCGCAGCCUUCAGAAGACGAGGAGAACCCGCAGCUCUUGGGAAGCACUGUACAUUUUGUUUAGUCAGAAUAAAACUUUUUUGUUAAGAGGUGA